GCCCACAAUUGCCAAUGCCCUGUACUAGUGGUGAAAGCUCCUCCUGAUCACCCCUUUGGUGUCCGGACAGAUGAAGUCUCUACUAUGCUGGAUGGUGUGCCGAUGAUUCACAAUCGUAAGAUUAUCAUUGGUGGUGACAAAACCCCAGAGACUGUCGAAGCAUGCCGUUGGAUGUUUGAACACUUUUGCUGCCCGACCGAUAUCAUCAUCAUCCUACAUGCUCGGAUCUCGAAAGAUCAUGUGGCGCUCGUCAGGCGCUACAUGACAAUAAGAAAGCCAAGGAAGAAGCCGGAGCCUCCACCUGCCAUUCCUCCGCCUGGUCCUUCUAGUCCCUCUGGUUCCUCUCCUCGUACUUCUCGUCAAUCGUCUACAACCCCUCGUUCAUCCGUGGCUACUCGUGCGCCUUCGAAGACUCCCCGUUCUCCCCGUUCUCCCUGUUCUCCCAGUUCUCGUGCUUCUGCUGCUGCUGAUGAUGCUCCUACUGCUCCGCCUGCCGAGCCUCCUGCUGAGCCCCCUCCUCCUCCCCCUCCCCCUCCCCCUCCCCCUCUCCCUGAGCCGCUGAAGCUUGAGGAUGACGAUGACACGACAUGGAUGGAUGAGCUUGUUGACAUGGGGAAGUUGAUGGGUUUUGAGGUACAAGGAAAGUAUGUAGAAGGAAAAGAUACCAGAGAAGUACUUUGUCAGGAGGCCGUCUCUGAAAAGGCUGACAUUCUAGUGGUGGGAAGCAGAGGCCUGACAAAAUUGCAGAGGAUUUUCUUGGGGAGCUGCAGCAUGUACUGCUUGCACAAUGCUCUUUGCUCUGUGCUGAUAGCUAGACAUCUUGAAGAGCCACCAGGAGACUAGCAGAAGGCGAAUCCGCGUAACUUUCAAGUACUCUUGCUAAUGGAUUGUGUUUCUAGUAGAUUGAUAUUAUAGUAGACACACAAUCUGCUGGUAGAUUGUGUUUCUAGCAGAUUCACAUGUAGUAGAUUGUGUUUCCUGCGCUUCCACCAGGAAAUGCUGGUAGAUUCACAUCUAGCUGUAUGCAUUUCCAGUGCUUUCCAUGAGAGACCAAAAUGGCUAUGUUUUUUUAAAGCGCUUAUCCAUGCAAGACACAAGAUCAUGGGCUCGAACCCUGGCCGAAAAGGGUAGAUUGAUCUAUAUAUUCAGCGGCAUUGACUUGCUUGCAUCUCUACAUCGAUGGAUCCUUAAACCACCACUUCAACGGCCCCCGCACUGUUCCUUUUUUUUCGUCCACAAGUACCGGUUCAAAAUCUACCGGGCCCAGGCCUGGGACCACAAUUAUCUUUCCUCAGGGCCGUGCUCAGCGUGCUGUAGAUCUUAAUCUAGGGGAAAGGCAACUUUUGGUUUGUCACAAUAGCUCUGGAUGGAGCGGUGGUUUAAACAUGAUUUUGUUUUAUGCCAUUUAGUUCGGAGGGCGGAGGACAUAAUUUUUUAGUUCAUUUUGAAGUAAUUUUGGUGACAUGAAGAAAUUAUGUUCAAAUGUGCUACGGUCUGUUUCGAGU